AUGACCCGGGAGGCCAGCAAGCCCUAUGAAUGUGCCUUCACCUUCCUGCUGUGUCUGACCCAUACAGACUCUGAGUACCUCUUUCGUGACUUUCAGAACUGGUAUCUCAGCCCACCUCGGCUUGGGAAGAUGCACCCAUCUGGAAGACCUAGAGGAAGGGGAGACCUUUCUCAUGAGAGCUUUGGGGCGGUGUGGUGGGGGUUGGGGUGUGGGGUGUUGCAUGGGGGAGGUGAGCAGGCAGAGGUGCCAGCCCCUCUUCCUUACCUUGGUGUUCUUGUCUUUUCAGACUGGAGGCCGGCGCUGAACCUCGCUGCCCUGGACUGUGCCGAUGAGGUCAAUAGUGCAGUCUGCAGAGACUUCAACAUCCCCGGCUUCCCGACUGUGAGGUUCUUUAAGGCCUUUACCAGGGAUGGCUCAGGAGCAACGUUGGCAGUGGCUGGUGCUGAGGUGCAGACACUGCGGGAGAGGCUCAUCGACGCACUGGAGACCCAUACUGACACGUGGCCCCCAGCCUGUCCCCCACUGGAGCCGACCAGGCUGGAGGAGAUUAAUGGGUUCUUUGCAAGAAACAACGAAGAAUACCUGGCCCUGAUCUUUGAAAAGGAAGGCUCCUACCUGGGUAGAGAGGUGAUUCUGGACCUGUCCCAGCGUGAAGGCAUUGCGGUGCGCAGGGUCCUGAACACGGAAGGUGAUGUGGUGAGCAAGUUUGGCGUCACCGACUUCCCAUCUUGCUACCUGCUGUUUCGGAAUGGCUCUGUCUCCCGAGUUCCUGUGCUUAUGGAAUCCAGGUCCUUCUACACCACUUACCUGCAGAGGUUUGCUGGGGCCACCCGGGAGGCUGCCCAGACCACGGUUGCACCAACCGUUGCUAAUACGGUAGCUCCCACCGUGUGGAAAGUUGCAGACCGCUCCAAGAUCUACAUGGCUGACCUAGAAUCUGCACUGCAUUACAUCCUGCGGGUAGAAGUGGGCAAGUUUUCUCUCCUGGAGGGGCAGCGCCUGGUGGCCCUGAAAAAGUUUAUGGAAGUCCUGGCGCAGUACUUCCCUGGCCAGCCCUUAGUCCAGAACUUCCUGCACUCUGUGAAUGGCUGGCUUAAGAAGCAGCAGAGGAAGAAAAUUCCCUACGGUUUCUUUCAAACUGCCCUGGAAAACAGGAAGGAGGGUGCUGUGAUUACCAAGAAGGUGAACUGGGUGGGCUGCCAGGGGAGCGAGCCCCAUUUCCGGGGCUUCCCCUGCUCCCUGUGGGUCCUCUUCCACUUCCUGACUGUGCAGGCGACGCGGCAGAAUGUAGACCCCUCGCAAGAAGCAGCCAAGGCCCAGGAGGUCCUCCAGGCCAUCCGGGGCUAUGUUCGCUUCUUCUUUGGCUGCCGAGACUGUGCUGGCCACUUUGAGCAGAUGGCAGCUGCCUCUAUGCACCGGGUGAGCAGUCGGGACAAGGCUGUUCUCUGGCUCUGGUCUAGCCACAACAAGGUUAACGCUCGGCUUGCAGGGGCCCCCAGCGAGGACCCCCAGUUCCCCAAGGUACAGUGGCCUCCCCGUGAACUCUGUUCUCCCUGCCACAAUGAACUCCGGGGGACACCCGUGUGGGACCUGGACAACACCCUCGGCUUCUUGAAGACCCACUUCUCGCGGAGCAACAUCAUCAUGGACCUUCCUUCAGCUGGGCAGGGCCCCUGGAGGGGUGCCCAGAGGAUGGCAGCCACCCUGAAGCCGGAGCUAGUGGCUGGAAAUUCUACUGUGGGCCCUGAGGAGGCUGAGAUCAUGGUGGGCCCAGGGACCAAGUUGCCCGGGACUAUCGUCCUGGAUGUUUUAGCAGAGAGACUUGGGACAAGUCACCCCCCCGAGAUGCAGGCUGGCCGUGGUGUGCACAGAGCUGAGCUAGACCAGGGACCUCCUGAGCACAUAGCAGAGCUUCAGAGGGAUAAGUUGGAGCAGCGAAAAGGGCAGCAAUCCCUGACCAAGCGAGACUUGGGGGCUGGAUUGCUAGCUGAGCUCGCGGCUGAGAACCUCCCCAUUGGCCCUUCAGAGCUGAGACGAGUGGGCCGCAGCUCCAAGCAGCUGGCCAGUGUCCCUGAGGGGGAGCCAGAGGCUGGGGCCAUGGGGGGCCGAGGCCAGUGGCUGCAGGUGCUGGAAGGGGACUUCUCGCACCUGGACAUCAGCCUCUGUGUGGUGCUCUACUCCCUGUCCUUCAUGGGACUGCUGGCCAUGUACACCUACUUCCGGGCCAGGAUGAGGGUCCUGAAGGGCCAUGCCAGCCACCCCACAGCCUGAACUGUCCAGCUGGGGAGGGCAGCAGGAAAGGAAGCUGCUAUCCAUGGGGCUCUUCCAGCCCCCUGCCCCCCUGUCCCCCCUUGCUUUGUCCAGGGAAACCUAGGAAAACCAGUUGCUCCAGUGAACCUCCUUGGUCCUUGUGGGAAGGAGUGUUCCAGAGACACAAAGACAUGCACAGGGUCCAGGCUCAUCGGACAGCACAGGGGGCAGGGGCAGCCUGGCACUACAUUCCAGGAGGCUCUGUCCCCUGGCCUCUCAGCACCAAAUUCCUCUCUUUCAGCUUAUUUGAAAUCCUGCCUCAUUCUUGCUGAAGCUUCAAUGUCUCCUGCUUGGUCUUGGCCCUAAAUUGGGCAAGUGAUCCACAGUUUCCAAGGCUUCCCAUCAGAGGAGGGUCCCCAGGCUGAGUGGGCUGGAGCAGAACCCACUACAUUCCAGGGCCCCGUCCAUCCCACCCCCUUCUGGAUAUGAAGAGGCCUUCGCGCCAGAAGGACUGCCUCUGGCCCUCUGUGGCCUGUGCAGCCUCCAGCCCCUCAGGCUUCCUGAUUGGGGGGGUGGCUUUAGCAUAGGGACUGGAAGCUUGUGGAAGUCAUGCUGACCUCCCAGGUAACAUCUGUGGGAGGAGUGCCUCAGGCUGGUCCUUCCCAAACCUCUGCUAUAGGGAGUGCACAGGCUGGGUUGGUGUGGGCUUGCUCAGCUGGGUGGGUGAUGGUCACUGGGCUGGGGGUGAGUGGCUGGCUUAGCAGGACCUGACGAAGGGGCAGGGAUUUAGGUUGGGAUGUUGGGACCUGUAGUGCCUUACUUUGGGCUUAGCUGGGAGAGGUAGAGUGAAGCCACAGGAAAAAGAUUGUUGCUUUAAAUGUGCUUUGGCUCUUCCUCCUUGGGCUCACCUGUCUGGGAGCUGGGUCUUUGUUGAUUUUUGUCUCUAAAAUGGAUGCUAAUCUUUUGAGUGUGGAGGGUGCUGGAGUGAGGGGAGUGUCAUCUCUCAGGGGUCCACCUCCCAUCAUGUAGAGGUGAAAGGGCCAGAGGGGCAGGGGUUGCUGUACACACACAUGCUUGAUUUUCACUUUGCCCACUGCUCAGGGGAGGCUGUGGAAUAAAUUAUUUUUGUUAAGGCAAGCA